AUGGUGUGUUAUCUCAUCGUGAAUCGAUUGCCGGAAGGGAAAACCAAAGAGGGAGAAAGAAUUGCAAAUUCUUUCCUCUCUCUCUCUCAGAUAUGUCGAAUUUCAGGGCAUUGUGGAAAACUUGUACCUUCUUGGAAUCGCUGUUUAUGGUGGGAACGUUUUGGGCUUCGAAUUGAUUGCAGAUAUAUCACUGCAUGCCUGGGAGCGGUGGUUUGUCUUGGAUGUCAAACUAACCACAAACUCACUUCCUCACUUGAAAAGCCAUUGAAAGGGAAGAAUCCCCACUCUUCAAAAGCAGCUGGCACAUCUGAGGAUUUCUUGACCACCAGCACUUAUGAGAUGGAAGACAAUACAGUGGAAUCACGAGGAAGCAUCUCCCCAAUUAGUAAAUUAACUCAGAUGCAUGAUGCUCCUGGUGCUGGCUAUUCGAGCAAUCCGUCUGAUUUCAUAAAUCAUGGCAAGUCGAUAGUGAAUGUUUUCAUUGUUGUAUUACAGUUCAAAUAA